GCCCCGGAACGGAGGAAGCGGCCGACGGACUGCGAGCCGGACUCCCCCGCCAGCGCCUCCCUGAACGGGAGUUGCGAGUCAGCCCGAGCGGCGGGCAGGGGCGCCCAGGAUGGCCGAGGCGGGGGCCCAGGGCCGCCUGUGGCUCGAGAGCCCCGAGGGAGGGGCGUCCCCCAUCUUCCUGCCGUCGGACGGACGAGCCCUAAUUCUGGGCCGGGGGCCGCUGACCCGGGUCACCGACCGGAAGUGCUCCAGGAGCCAAGUGGAGCUGGUCGCAGACCUUGAGACUCGGACCGUGACGGUGAAACAGCUGGGCGUUAACCCUUCCACUGCCGGGACCCGGGAACUGCACCCCGGGCUGGAAGGCCCCCUGGGGGUGGGAGACACGCUGUAUUUGGUCAACGGCCUCCACCCCCUGACUCUGCGCUGGGAAGAGUUGCGCGCCCCAGAAUCCCAGCCAGACACUCCACCGGGCACCCCUCCCCCGGCCCCUGAUGAGCAGGUUGAGCCCCCGAGCAAGCGCGCGCGGACGCCCUCCCCGGGCUGGGAGCGUCUGGAGAAGCUGCUGGUGUUCACGGCGCCCGGCGUGAGGCCCCGGGCCAAGGUGGCCGGCUUUGAUCUGGAUGGGACCCUCAUCACCACGCGCAGCGGGAAGGUCUUUCCCACUGGCCCCACUGACUGGAGGAUCCUGUACCUGGAGAUUCCGCGGAAGCUCCGGGAGCUGCACGCGCAGGGCUACAAGCUGGUGAUCUUCACCAACCAGAUGGGCAUCGGGCGUGGGAAGCUGCCCGCAGAGGAGUUCAAGGCCAAGGUGGAGGCUGUGGUAGAGAAGCUAGGGGUGCCCUUCCAGGUGCUGGUGGCCACACACGCGGGCCUGUACCGGAAGCCGGUGAUCGGCAUGUGGGACCAUCUGCGGGAGCAGGCCAACGCGGGCGUGCCCAUCUCCAUCGGGGACAGCGUCUUUGUGGGAGAUGCGGCUGGGCGCCCCGCCAACUGGGCCCCGGGGCGCAAGAAGAAGGACUUCUCUUGUGCCGACCGCCUGUUCGCCCUCAACCUCGGCCUGCCCUUCGCCACGCCCGAGGAGUACUUUCUCCAGUGGCCCGCGGCCGCCUUCGAGCUCCCGGCCUUUGACCCGAGGACCGUCUCCCCCUCGGGGCCGCUCUUCCUCCCCGAGUCCAGCUCCCUCUUGAGCUCCAGCCCCGAGGUGGUCGUCGCAGUGGGAUUUCCGGGGGCUGGGAAGUCCACCUUCCUGCAGGAGCACCUGGUGUCCGCGGGCUACGUCCAUGUCAGCCGGGACACGCUGGGCUCGUGGCAGCGCUGCGUGGGCGCCUGCGAGGCGGCGCUGAAGCAGAGGCAGCGCGUGGUGAUCGACAACACCAACGCCGACCCCCCGAGCCGGGCCAGGUACGUCCAGUGCGCCCGAGACGCGGGCGUGCCCUGCCGCUGCUUCCUCUUCGGCGCGGGCCUGGAGCAGGCGCGCCACAACAACCGGUUCCGGGAGCUGGCCGGCCUGCCGCACGCGCCCGUGUCCGACGUGGUGCUGUUCAGCUACAGGAAGCAGUUCGAGGCCCCCACCCUCGCGGAAGGCUUCUCGGAGAUCCUGGAGAUCCCCUUCCGCCUGCGCCUGGAGCCGCGGCUCGAGCGGCUGUACCGCCAGUUCUCCGAGGGCUGACUCCCCCAAUAAACGCUGCUUUUCCUCAAGCGCCCGCGGCAUCUUGCUGGGAAUGGGGGCGGUCGGGUCG